CGCCUUCAUAGCGUUGUGACGACUCACGCCCAAAACUCACUCCCAUAUCAAGCCUGCCGGACAAUUUGGACAAGAUUCACGCGUGACUGUGCCGGUGCUGUCACCAUGGCGGCCGAACUAUACAAUGGCACCAUUUCAGACAGAACACAUCCUCUGAAAAUCUUCGAUGCGGCCAAGAGCCAAGACCGAUUUCUCUAUGUCUCAGCCCCUAUGGUGAGAUACAGCAAGCUUGCCUUCCGUCAAACCGUCCAUGAGUACGGAACCGACAUCUGCUGGACGCCAAUGAUCUUGUCCAAGGAGUUCAACCGCAACAACUUCGCCCGUGACAGCGAUCUCACAAUAUCAACACGUGGAGUUCAGCCCCCAACAAUAGUUCAGUUCGGCUCAAACAGCCCGCUUGAACUUGCCCGCUCUUCAUCCCUGGCCGCCCCCUAUGUCAACGGCGUCGACCUUAACUGCGGCUGCCCCCAAUCCUGGGCCUGCGCCGAGACCCUUGGCGCCGCACUCAUGGAGAAGCGUGAGCUCGUUCGCGACAUGGUCGUCGAGACCCGCCAGCGCCUGGCUAGCGACGGCUGGCACGUCGGCAAGGAGCGCGACGUGGACAGUCCCAAGGGGAGGAGCAUCAGCGUCAAGAUCCGCGUCCAUAAAGACUUGAGGAGAACGAUGGACUUCAUCGACACUGUCAUUGGCAACCCACAAGAUCGCAACAUUGAUUUCCUGACCAUCCACCCCCGUACCCGUCAUACGGCGUCCAGCAUCCCCAUCAACACCGAAUCCCUCGGCAUUCUCCUCGAAAAGUACGGCGACACCCUCCCGAUCCUCCUCUCGGGCGACGUCUUCUCCAUGGCAACUCUACCCCUAUCGACCGUCUCCAAAGGAACCGCUGAACGAACCCCGGAGCCCACGACGAUCGACGGCCACAACGGCUACGCCGACUUCACCCCCAGCGGCACCAAGCUCGCGGGCCUCAUGUCUGCCCGCGGUAUCCUCGCCAAUCCGGCCCUCUACGCCGGCUACGAGUCUUGCCCCUGGGAGGCUGUCGAGUCCUUUAUACGCCACGUCGUACGCGCCCCUAUCCCCGUCAAGCUGGUGCAGCACCACCUCCACGAGAUGUGCGGGCCGGGCAUGGGCCCGGACAAGCGCGCGCUGCUCAACAGACAAGAGAGGGCGGCGCUCCUCGCACUUGACAGCAUGUUGGACGUCAUAGAUUUCAUGGAUGAUGCAAUCAACCGCAAGACGGGCAGGGCAGAUGGGCUCCGUCGCGAGCCCGUAGGUAGCUCAACAGUUCCCAUGCCGUGAUCUCUUCGUUUCUGGACUCACGUUUCGUCGUGUUUUGCCAUUUUGUUGAUUUUCUUUCUUAAUUAUGAGUAGGAGGCACUGUCAAAGGUAUCAUCAUGCCUCAGAAAGCAUCGCUCGCGUCAUGGCUUAAGCCAGAUGCCAUAUCGUUAACGCCAUGUCCUCGGGCAUGCCAUGAAUCUUUCCGCAAACUAGGAUGCUCGCUCCGGAAGGACGUCCCAUAUGGUACACUUGGGUCGUUCCUUGCCCCUGUUGAUCCCUUGUCCGAAUCCUUGCCGUA